UUUUCUCCUGUUUUUCAUAUGGGGAAGUCUCAAAAUCAUUGUCGGUUAAUCCUAACAUCUUUUCCGUUCAUCCUCUUCCUUUGCGCAUUUGUUUUCCUCAACCAAGUUCGGGUUGACAACUUACUGAAAUUCGGUAAAUUUAUGCCAAUUCAAUUGUAUAACAAUAACUCUUCCACCACCCCCGGUUUACUCUCUACAAAUGAAGGCGAAAUUCGAAUACUCCUCGGAAUCUUAACCCUAGCCGACCAAUAUAAACGUCGUCACUUCCUCCGUCUCAUCUACGGCACACAACCGCGUGUUACCGGUGCGAAAAUCGACGUCAAAUUUGUCUUUUGCAACCUCACGAAAGAGGAUCAAAAGGUACUAGUAGCUCUAGAGAUUAUGAUGUACAAUGACAUCAUAAUUCUAAAUUGCACUGAAAACAUGGACAAGGGAAAAACCUACACUUAUUUCUCGAGCCUCCCAACAUUGUUCGAUACCGAGUUGACCCCACCUUAUCAUUACGUGGCAAAGGCAGAUGACGACACGUAUUUUCGAUUGGAAGCUCUUGUGGAUUCGCUUAGGCCAUUGCCUAGAGACGAUUUGUACUAUGGUUAUGUCAUUCCGUGCUCUAGUAAGGACCCUUUUAAUCGUUACAUGUCUGGUAUGGGAUAUUUUGUUUCUUGGGAUAUUGUUGAAUGGAUUAAGGAUUCGGAAAUUCCUAAGAAACAUAUGGAGGGUCCCGAGGAUAUGGUUUUUGGCGAAUGGAUGAUGGAAGGAAAACGAGGAAUGAAUCGGUUUAAUGCUAAAUGGUCGAUGUACAAUUAUCCCGAGCCGCGGACUCAAUGUACUCAUGAGCUUUGGCCGGAGACGAUCGCGGUUCAUCUUUUGAAGACCCAAGAGAAAUGGAUUAAGACGUUGCAAUUUUUCAACGUUACUCAUAAUAUUAAAUCAUCUAAAUUAUACCAUAUAUAGUCAAUAUUUCUAAUUCUUUACUUUAUAUUAAUUUUCUCUAUCUUGCAUUUUUUUUAAUAAUUAUAUAAUAUCAAUGGUCAAUUGGACGCAUUUAUUGACCAACU